AUGCUUCCGCGCGCCUUUGCCUCCCUGAGACCGUCUCUGCGGCCGUCGCGAGGACUGCAGCGCCACUUCUCGGCCGUCACUUUGCCGGCAGACUCCAAUCAGGCGCAGGGAAUCGGCCAGUACGCCAAGGACCUCAUAGAUGGGAAGUACGGCGACAAUGUUGAUGCUUCCGUCUAUGAGCGCGUGGAGAUGUUCCACACAGAUUCCGCAGGGCCCCAAGACAGUUCUCGUGUCAUCUCGCAUUCAGCAGAUUCAUGA